ACCCGAGCCAAUCCCCAGUGUCAGCCUCUCUGUGAAUUUCUCCCCCCCGCAUCCCCUUAGGACCCUGCGUUCCCCCAUCUUCCAUCCCAUCAUUCCCCACCAUCACCUCCUCCAGAUCCCCCUUUUUCCCCCUUUUCCCCUUCACCUCCGAAUUUAACCGCUUUACGGCUCCCCUCGACUAGUGUGAGUACGGAUCGACUCGGAAUUCCUUACAUUCCUCUACGAUAGGAUCUUUGUCGGAAUAUUCCGAAGAAAAAAAAAUAGAUAAUGGCCAGUGCUUCAGCGGAGGCGUUAGAGUUGAAAGCCAAGGGGAAUGCUGCGAUUGCUAGUAAGGAUUGGAAGGUAAUCAUAUGGAUCGUUCACAUUGUUUUCCUCGCUUUGGCGUGGAGCGAACAGUGACGGGGGAUUGUUCAGGCUGAUCGUGGCAAUCACAGACUGCGGUCGACUUCUACACUCAAGCGAUAGAGCUCGAUCCGGAUCAAGCGCUAUUCUAUUCCAAUAGGGCCCAAGUAUAUAUAGUCUUACCUUCUUAUCGGGAGAGCUUGUUGCCCGGGGGCUUAUCAGCGGCAUGCUCUAUUCUAGGCUCAUAUAAGGAUGGAAGCGUACGGAGCAGCUAUUGAGGAUGCGGCGAAGGCGAUUGAGAUAGAUCCGGCAUCCGUUAAGGUCUGUGGAAGCCAUGUUUGAGCUUAAGGAAAAAGAAAUACGGGCGAGGCUACAGUGUGAUUAUGCUUUGGUUGCUGACGGCUAUUUGGUUUCGAAGGCGUACUACCGAAGGGCAAUCUCCAACGUGGCACUUCUGAAGUACAAGGAGGCUCUUAAGGACUUCAAAACUGUUUGCAAAAAAGGUUCUAUACUAUGAUCUCUGGAAACCCGUUCUGGGAAAUUCCAGUGAUUUUUUCGGUCUCUUUCGAUGGAUGGGGGGCUAAUAUUCUCGGGGGCGGAUUGCUUUGGCGGUGUUGGACGUGCUUAGCUCCAAAUGACAAGGAUGCCCGCCUAAAAUUGAACGAAUGCGAGAAACUUAUUCGGAAGAUUGAGUUCUUGAAGGCUAUAGAACAGAGCGAUCCACCGUCUGCUGCUGAGGGGUUAGAUCUAGAUUCUAUGGGUGUGUUAGAGCCUGCCCCAUGCUCCCCACUUCGGAAGGGGAAAUGCAAAGGUCCUAAGAUUGAACGUUUCUAAACUUGCCCAACAUUUAGUGGUUGAGAGUGAGUACGACGGCGUUCUUCUUGAAAAGGAGAUGACACAGGAGUUCGUCGACGAUAUGAUCGAGAGGUUUAAGAAUGGCAAGAAGAUCCACAAGAAAUACGCAUACCAGAUUAUCCUCAAGGCGAAGGAGAUAUUCCACGCCGAGCCAACUAUGCCGGAAGUCGCCAUCCCGGACGGCAAUAAGAUGACGAUCUGCGGAGAUACUCAUGGUAUUUUAGCCCUUCAACAUCAUAUUGAGUCGCGCUGAUGGGUUACAGGCCAAUAUUUCGAUCUGUUGGAGAUCUUCCGUCGCAAUGGAUUCCCAACAGGGACACACGCAUAUUUGUUUAACGGUGACUUUGUUGAUCGGGGAUCUUGGUCCACUGAGAUUGCUUUCCUUUUGUUCUCUUAUAAAUGGCUCUUCCCCAAUAAUUUCUACAUAAAUCGUGGCAAUCACGAGACGGAUGACAUGAACAGGGUUUACGGAUUUGAAGGGGAAUGCAAAGCCAAGUACAACGAGCGCACUUUCAAAUUGUUCUCGGAAACGUUCAGCGCUUUACCUCUAGCCACGCUAGUCGGCUCCAAGUAUCUAGUUCUUCAUGGAGGGCUAUUCUCCGACGAUAAGGUUAAUCUGGACGACAUCCGAAAGUUGAACCGUCACUUGAAGAAGCAGCCUGGACAGGAGGGACUGUAUGGCCCUUUUAUACUCAAGCCCGAGGACUUCAGCUACUAAUCGGGUGCCCUUAGAAUGAUGGAGAUGCUGUGGACCGAUCCACAGCCUGACCCCGGCCGCAGACCCAGCAAGCGUGGUGUUGGUCAGCAGUUUGGCCCAGACGUUACCAAGACUUUCUGUGAGCGCAAUGGUCUAGAGGCCAUUAUAAGAAGUCACGAGGUCCGGAUGGGAGGUUACGAGGUGGAACACGAUGGACGGUGUAUCACUGGUACGCAGCCUCACCCCCAAAGUUUAGCUAACCAGAUACAUUCUAACAACCACAGUCUUCUCGGCGCCCAACUAUGUCGACACCUCCGGAAAUAAGGGUGCCUACAUCAACUUGGGAUCAGACUACAAACUGGAACACAACGUUUUUGACGCUGUCGAACACCCCCCGAUCAAGGCCAUGGCGUACGCACAAAACUCACUCAUGUCAAUGUAGAGAGUUAUUACGUACGCUCCACUAUUUUCCAAGCACGCUAUUUAUCGAUUACAUGGAUGGGAGUAGACGUUUUUAUCAUUGACUUUAUCUCUCUACGAUCAAAAAAAGAAAAGAAAGAAAAAAGGUCUUAUCGAUAAAGAAACAAAAGCCCUAUCCUCUCCUUUUCUCCCCUUCUACACGACAAAUUCCGGAAUCUCUGUUUGGGCGUUCUUGUGCUGGGGGGGCUUGAUUUUCAUUUCCAUAUUCGCGUUUACUAGUGGUUUCAUAUUUCUCUUUCUUUCUUUCUCUUCCCUAUCCUUCUACAUAGCCUUCCUUCCUUCCUUGCGCUUGCUUCCCUCUCUUCUGUUUUUUUCUUUUUCCAUCGAAGUCAGCGUGCUUUUCUCUUUUGGGUAACUCACUUGCUCACCCGCUAUGUAUAGUAGGGUGGAAAGUGAGAUGAGAUGGGUGGGAUGGGACAGAUAUUGAAUGUAUGAGUGCUGUAGACCAAGCACUUGAUAGAGGUUCAUGGCAUUGUAUCUCGGAGACGCGAUACGAUGCGGUGUGGUGGGGAUGGGGCUCGUACGGGCAUAGUACUAGUACGGUAGUCAAGUUAGCACUGUACCCCCUGGCUACGGUAUAAAAUGAGCCCACAAAAGCAAAUGAUCAAACAUGUACAAGUACUGUACCUC